AUUAAAGAAUAAUAUCAAAAUUACGAUUCUUAGGGCACAUCUUUUUUCAUCUUUAAAAAAAAAUUAUGAGAUGAAGGAAGUAAUAAUUAAAAUAGUAAUCCUUAAAAUAAUACGGAGUAGUAAUGAAAGAAUAUAUAUAAAAAAGGAAACAACAACAUACGGAGUACCCUGCAUAUGAUCGGAAAAACUAUACGAGCAAUCUUAAUUAACUUCAAACAAUUUGAUCGUCUAAAAUGGGUUCCAGAAGUACUUCUAAGCAAACUGGACAGGAACAUGAAUUUGUCCAAUGCCUUCUUCAUCAUGAUUCCCAGAACUCUUCUUCAUUUUCUCAAGUGAUUUACACAGCAUCACACAACUCUUCUUCUUACUUCUCAGUCUUGAAUUCCAGACUGCAGAAUUUGAGGUUCCAGUCUCCAGACACCCCAAAGCCUCUGGUGAUUCUCACCCCAGUGGAAGAACCCCAGGUCCAGACAGCCAUAAAGUGCUCCCAGAUUCAUGGGUUACAGAUCAGAAUCCGCAGCGGGGGCCACGAUUUCGAGGCGCUCUCCUCCGUUUCUCAAUACCCAUUUUUCAUUCUUGAUUCGAUCAACUUCAAAUCCGUCUCCGUUGAUGCCGAGGAGAAGACUGCAUGGGUUGGGGCUGGGGUCACCCUUGGUGAGCUCUACUAUGCUGUCACCCAAGUGAAGGACACUCUGGCCUUCCCAGGGGGCUACUACCCUUCAGUGGGCUGUGGUGGGUUCAUCAGCGGCGGAGGCUACGGUCCUCUGGUCAGAAAACAUGGCCUUGCUGCAGACAACGUGCUUGAUGCUGUCUUGGUCGACGCGGGUGCCCGAAUUCUUGACAGAAAAUCAAUGGGAGAGGACUUGUUUUGGGCGAUCCGUGGUGGGGGGUUGGGGCCAGCUUUGGAGUGAUUCUUCACUACAAGCUGCAACUGGUUGAAGUUCCCAGCAGAGUCUCAGCAUUCAGUGUUUCCAAAACCAUGGAAGAAGAAGGGGCAACCGGCAUUGUCUACAAAUGGCAAUCGGUUGCCCCAAAACUGGCCCGAAAACGUCUCGAAUGGGAGGGGCAGCUCCACGGCAUUGUCGGGCGGUACGUGGCUUCGAAUCCGAGAAGUGCAUAUAUGCAAACUACAGGGAUCUUGAUUUGGGAGUCAACGAAUUGGGAAGCACAGAUGUGAGACGAGCUAAGGCUUGGGCACUGCCAUAUUUCAAGAACAACUUUGAGAGAUUGGUGAAGGUGAAGAGUGAGGUGGAUCCCUAUAAUUUACUUUUGGAAUGAACAAAGUAUUCCUACACUCUUCUGCCUCGUUGAUUGAGCAUAUAGAGGGAAAUUAUAGCUGUCAUAUAUAUAGAAAAUAAUUUCCAUGAAGGACUAUUUAUUAGUGUUACAUUUCAAAAUAAUUUCCAUUGAUCAUCCCCCGCCUGUUGAUCUACCUUGCGCCGCAACCAAUAUUUAUUAGUGUUACAUUUCAAAAGGACUAUUCCUACACUCUUCUGCCUCUUCCAUCAGUUUUAGUUCAACCAUUGCUUUGUGUUGCUGCCUCUUUAGCAUCUCAUUGUUCCUCAACUGUUUUUUUGUAUUUAAUUACAAAAAGAAAAUGCUUAAUUAAUUCUGAUUUAAAGACUGAGUAGGAACAUGAGGCACAGACUUAUAUGCUAUAUUUUAAUAUAUGUUCAUAAAUACUGCAUUUAGCUUUACACUAUCUUUAUAGGGUUUUGAGGCUUUUCAACUCUGGUGAAUCUCAACAACACAUAAAUAGUACCACCGAGCAUUGUAACUUUUUGAGUGGUACAUUAUGUUGUCAAACACACAUGUAUUGAACAUGCAUAAUACAUUCUUAUUUUAGCUUCAAUUUCUUAGCUUUGACCGAUGACAAACAAGCUAAGCCAAUUAUAUAUGUAUAUUGUCCUUUUUAUCUUUUCCACCUCAAAUCUCCCUAGAGUUAUUUUAGCCUCAAUUU